CGGCAGCGGCAGGAGGAGGGGGAUUGAGGAGGAGCAGACAGCGGCAGGAGGGGGACUGAGGAGCAGGCAGCGGCAGCAGCCGGGUUGCUAGGGAUGGAGAGAUCCCGUGUCACCCGGAUGUGAGUGUCAUGUUGGCCCAAACUCUGAGGGAUUUGGCAGCGGCGAAGCAGCAGCAGCAGGAGGAGGAGCAGCCCCUCGCACGUCGCUAGUCACUACCAUGGGGGUCGGGUAGCGGGGAGCGCAGGGACAGCGCACACCCGGCUCGGUGGGGUGGGGGCGUCUCUGCCCUUUUUUUAUUUUCCAUUUUCCUCGUACACACUGGAGAAAGUGGGAAUCAUGCACCAGCAGCAGCAGCCCGAGCGGCACCCAGAAGAGGCAAACUAUGCAAGUAGCACCAGGAUUCCUUUCCCUGGUGACGGACCAGCUAUUCAGUCAAACAGUUCAGCACCAUCCAAGCCGACUGUUCUAUCUUGGCAAGCUGCAAUUGAUGCUGCUAGACAAGCAAAGGCUGCCCAAAAUAUGAGUACCACCACAGCCCAGCCUGUAGGAUCUCUGUCCCAAAGAAAACGCCAGCAAUAUGCCAAGAGCAAAAAACAGGGUAAUACGUCUAGUAGUCGGCCACCCCGUGCCCUUUUCUGUUUAUCCCUCAACAACCCAAUACGAAGAGCCUGCAUUAGUCUAGUAGAAUGGAAACCAUUUGACAUAUUUAUACUAUUGUCUAUUUUUGCCAAUUGUGUGGCCUUAGCUGUUUACAUCCCAUUCCCAGAAGAUGAUUCUAAUUCAACAAAUCAUAAUUUGGAAAAAGUAGAAUAUGCCUUCCUGAUAAUUUUUACAGUUGAAACAUUUUUGAAGAUUAUAGCAUAUGGAUUAUUAUUACACCCCAAUGCGUAUGUUAGAAAUGGAUGGAAUUUAUUGGAUUUUGUAAUAGUAGUAGUAGGAUUAUUUAGUGUAAUAUUGGAACAAUUAACCAAAGAAACAGAAGGUGGCAGCCACUCAGGUGGCAAACCUGGUGGCUUUGAUGUCAAAGCCCUAAGAGCCUUUCGUGUAUUGCGACCUCUCCGGCUUGUAUCAGGAGUGCCCAGUUUACAAGUUGUUCUGAACUCCAUUAUAAAAGCCAUGGUCCCCCUUCUCCAUAUUGCCCUUUUGGUAUUGUUUGUAAUCAUAAUCUAUGCUAUUAUAGGAUUGGAACUUUUUAUUGGAAAAAUGCACAAAUCUUGUUUUCUUAUUGAUUCAGAUAUACUAGUUGAAGAAGAUCCAGCACCUUGUGCAUUCUCAGGGAAUGGACGUCAGUGUGUCAUGAAUGGCACUGAAUGUAAGGGUGGAUGGGUUGGACCAAAUGGAGGCAUAACCAACUUCGAUAAUUUUGCAUUUGCAAUGUUGACUGUGUUCCAGUGUAUAACCAUGGAAGGAUGGACUGAUGUGUUAUACUGGGUAAAUGAUGCAAUAGGAUGUGAAUGGCCAUGGAUCUAUUUUGUUAGUCUUAUCAUCCUUGGCUCAUUUUUCGUACUUAACCUGGUUCUUGGUGUACUUAGUGGAGAAUUUUCCAAGGAAAGAGAAAAAGCCAAGGCCCGAGGGGACUUUCAGAAGCUACGUGAAAAACAGCAACUUGAAGAAGAUCUGAAGGGAUAUUUAGACUGGAUUACACAGGCAGAAGACAUUGACCCUGAGAAUGAUGAAGAGGUUGAUGAAGAAGGCAAGCGGAACACAAGCAUGCCCACCAGUGAAACUGAAUCAGUGAACACGGAAAAUGUGAGUGGAGAAGGAGAGAACCCGGCAUGCUGUGGGAGCUUAUGUCAAACCAUCUCAAAAUCCAAGUUCAGUCGACGCUGGCGUCGCUGGAAUCGAUUUAAUCGAAGAAAAUGUAGAGCUGCAGUAAAAUCUGUCACAUUUUAUUGGCUUGUUAUUGUCUUGGUCUUUCUGAACACAUUAACUAUCUCAUCAGAGCAUUAUAAUCAACCUGACUGGCUGACCCAGAUCCAAGAUAUCGCAAAUAAAGUUCUUCUGGCUUUAUUCACCUGUGAAAUGUUAGUAAAGAUGUACAGCUUGGGCCUACAGGCUUAUUUUGUUUCUCUUUUUAACCGCUUUGAUUGCUUCGUUGUUUGUGGUGGCAUUGUUGAAACCAUUUUGGUGGAGUUGGAAAUUAUGUCACCCCUUGGAAUUUCAGUGUUUCGCUGUGUUCGUCUCCUGCGUAUUUUUAAAGUAACAAGGCACUGGGCAUCCCUGAGCAACUUGGUAGCAUCCUUGUUAAACUCAAUGAAGUCCAUUGCUUCACUGUUGCUUCUGCUUUUCCUCUUCAUCAUAAUCUUCUCGUUGCUUGGAAUGCAGCUGUUUGGAGGCAAAUUUAAUUUUGAUGAAACUCAAACAAAACGGAGCACCUUCGAUAAUUUUCCACAAGCUCUUUUAACUGUAUUCCAGAUUCUAACAGGUGAAGACUGGAAUGCUGUUAUGUAUGAUGGCAUAAUGGCAUAUGGUGGCCCAUCAUCAUCAGGCAUGAUAGUCUGUAUAUAUUUCAUUAUCCUCUUCAUCUGUGGUAACUAUAUCUUGCUAAAUGUCUUCUUGGCCAUUGCUGUGGAUAACUUGGCAGAUGCUGAAAGUCUAAAUACAGCUCAGAAGGAAGAAGCUGAAGAAAAGGAAAGGAAAAAGAAUGCGAGAAAAGAGAGUCUGGAAAAUAAAAAAAGUGAGAAGUCAGAAGGUGACCAGAAGAAGCCCAAGGAUAGUAAGGUGACAAUUACUGAAUACGGAGAAGGAGAAGAUGAGGACAAAGAUCCCUAUCCACCCUGUGAUGUACCAGUAGGUGAAGAUGAAGAAGAUGAGGAGGAUGAACCAGAGGUACCAGCAGGCCCACGUCCCCGUAGAAUAUCAGAACUAAAUAUGAAGGAGAAGAUCACACCAAUCCCUGAAGGGAGCGCCUUCUUCAUUUUCAGCAGCACCAAUCCAAUUCGUGUGGGAUGCCACAGACUCAUCAAUCACCACAUCUUUACCAAUCUCAUCCUUGUCUUCAUCAUGCUGAGCAGUGUUUCCCUAGCAGCAGAAGAUCCAAUUCGAAGCCAUUCUUUUAGAAAUAAUAUACUUGGUUACUUUGACUAUGCUUUCACAGCCAUCUUUACUGUUGAAAUCCUGUUAAAGAUCCUAGGGUAUGCAGAUUAUGUCUUCACUAGUAUGUUUACAUUUGAGAUCAUUUUGAAGAUGACAGCUUUUGGAGCAUUCCUUCAUAAAGGGUCCUUCUGCAGGAAUUAUUUUAAUUUGCUGGAUUUGCUGGUUGUGGGUGUUUCUCUGGUAUCAUUUGGUAUUCAGUCAAGUGCUAUCUCAGUUGUGAAGAUCCUCAGAGUUUUGAGAGUCUUGAGGCCUCUAAGGGCAAUAAACAGAGCAAAAGGACUUAAGCAUGUUGUUCAGUGUGUCUUUGUGGCUAUUAGAACUAUCGGUAAUAUCAUGAUUGUUACAACUCUGCUCCAGUUCAUGUUUGCUUGUAUUGGAGUGCAGUUGUUCAAGGGAAAAUUCUACAGGUGCACUGAUGAAGCAAAACAGAAUCCUGAGGAAUGCCGAGGGAUAUACAUUGUUUAUAAAGAUGGAGAUGUUGAUAAUCCAAUGGUCAAAGAGAGGGUCUGGCAAAACAGUGAUUUCAACUUUGAUAAUGUUCUCUCUGCUAUGAUGGCCCUUUUUACAGUAUCCACUUUUGAAGGCUGGCCAGCGCUGCUGUACAAAGCCAUUGAUUCAAAUGGCGAGAAUGUAGGACCUGUAUACAACUAUAGAGUGGAGAUCUCCAUUUUUUUCAUCAUCUAUAUCAUCAUUAUUGCUUUCUUUAUGAUGAACAUAUUUGUUGGUUUUGUGAUUGUUACAUUCCAAGAACAGGGAGAACAAGAGUAUAAGAACUGUGAGCUGGACAAAAAUCAGCGGCAGUGUGUAGAAUAUGCCUUGAAGGCACGUCCUCUUCGUAGAUAUAUUCCAAAAAAUCCUUACCAGUACAAGUUCUGGUAUGUGGUGAAUUCUACUGGAUUUGAAUACAUCAUGUUUGUCCUCAUCAUGCUGAACACACUUUGCUUGGCUAUGCAGCACUAUGGACAGUCUAAGCUCUUUAAUGAUGCAAUGGACAUUAUGAAUAUGGUUUUCACAGGAGUGUUCACUGUUGAAAUGGUUUUGAAACUGAUUGCAUUCAAACCCAAGGGCUAUUUUAGUGAUGCCUGGAAUACGUUUGACUCCCUCAUCGUUAUUGGCAGCAUAGUAGACGUCGUUCUCAGUGAAGCUGAUCACUAUUUCACUGAUGCAUGGAACACUUUUGAUGCCUUAAUUGUUGUUGGUAGCGUCGUUGAUAUUGCUAUAACAGAAGUUAAUCCAAAGCCAACUGAAACAGUCACAACUGAUGAGUCUGGGAACUCUGAAGACAGCGCUAGAAUCUCCAUCACUUUUUUCCGUCUCUUCCGUGUGAUGAGGUUGGUGAAGCUGCUUAGCAGAGGAGAAGGAAUCAGAACUUUACUGUGGACAUUUAUUAAAUCAUUUCAGGCUCUGCCUUACGUUGCCCUUCUGAUAGCCAUGCUGUUCUUCAUCUAUGCUGUCAUUGGAAUGCAGGUAUUUGGAAAAGUGGCCAUGAGGGACAACAAUCAAAUAAACAGAAACAACAAUUUUCAGACUUUCCCCCAAGCUGUGCUGCUUCUUUUCAGGUGUGCAACUGGAGAAGCCUGGCAGGAAAUCAUGCUGGCAUGUUUGCCUGGAAAACGCUGUGAUCCAGAAUCUGAUUAUAAUCCAGGGGAAGAAUACACAUGUGGAAGCAAUUUUGCCAUAAUUUAUUUUAUCAGUUUUUACAUGCUUUGUGCAUUUUUGAUUAUAAACUUAUUUGUGGCUGUCAUUAUGGAUAAUUUUGAUUAUUUGACACGUGACUGGUCUAUUCUGGGUCCCCAUCAUUUGGAUGAGUUCAAAAGGAUAUGGUCAGAAUAUGACCCUGAAGCAAAGGGAAGGAUAAAGCAUCUUGAUGUGGUUACAUUACUGAGACGCAUUCAGCCACCACUUGGUUUUGGCAAAUUAUGCCCUCACCGAGUGGCCUGCAAGAGGUUAGUAGCCAUGAAUAUGCCACUAAACAGUGAUGGAACCGUCAUGUUCAAUGCUACUUUAUUUGCUUUGGUUAGGACUGCUCUAAAGAUAAAAACAGAAGGUAACCUAGAGCAAGCAAAUGAAGAACUUAGAGCAGUUAUAAAGAAAAUAUGGAAGAAAACAAGCAUGAAAUUACUUGACCAAGUGGUCCCUCCAGCUGGCGAUGAUGAGGUAACCGUGGGGAAGUUCUAUGCCACCUUCCUGAUACAGGACUACUUUAGGAAAUUCAAGAAACGCAAAGAACAAGGACUGGUGGGGAAAUAUCCUGCGAAGAAUACCACGAUUGCUCUGCAGGCAGGACUAAGGACACUUCAUGAUAUUGGCCCUGAAAUUCGCCGAGCUAUAUCCUGUGACUUGCAAGAUGAUGAACCAGAGGAAAACAAUCCAGAGGAGGAGGAAGAUGUUUAUAAAAGGAAUGGUGCCCUCUUUGGCAACCACAUAAACCAUAUUAGCAGUGACAGACGAGAUUCAUUUCAACAGAUCAACACCACACACCGUCCCUUACAUGUCCAGCGGCCUUCAAUUCCAUCUGCAAGUGAUACUGAGAAAAAUAUGUAUCAUCAGGCAGGAAAUUCUGUAUACCACAAUCAUCACAAUCACAACUCAGUAGGAAAGCAAGUUCCAAACUCAACAAAUGCCAAUCUCAAUAAUGCCAAUGUGUUCAAAGUUGUUCAUGGAAAACACACAAGUUUUGGAAAUCAUGAGCAUAGAUCUGAAAACGGUUACCAUUCAUACUCCAGAACUGAUCAUGAGAGACGCAGAAGGCCAAGCAGUAGGAGAACCCGUUACUAUGAAACAUAUAUUAGAUCUGACUCUGGUGAUGGGCGUCGACCUACUAUUUGCCGUGAAGAACGUGAAGUUCAAGAUUACUGCAAUAAUGAUCAUUAUUUGGGAGAGCAGGAGUAUUUUAGUGGAGAAGAAUAUUAUGAGGAAGACAGUAUGUUGUCAGGAAACAGGAAUAUAUAUGAUUACCACUGUAGGUAUCACUGCCAUGACUCAGAUUUUGAGAGACCAAAAGGUUACCAUCACCCACAUGGGUUUUUUGAGGAAGAUGAUUCACAGAUCUGUUAUGACACAAAAAGAUCUCCUAGGAGACGGCUGCUACCUCCAACACCAACACCAAAUAGACGAUCUUCCUUUAACUUCGAAUGCCUCCGUCGGCAAAGUAGUCAAGAUGACAUAGCACUGUCUCCUAAUUUCCACCAUCGCACUGCUUUACCACUUCACUUAAUGCAACAGCAGGUCAUGGCUGUUGCAGGUCUGGAUUCCAGCAAAGCUCAUAAACAUUCACCAAGUCGUUCAACGCGUUCCUGGGCUACCCCACCUGCAACCCCUCCCAACAGGGACCGUUCUCCAUUUUACACACCCCUAAUCCAGGUCGAUAGGGCUGAAUCUACAGAGCAUAUGAAUGGUAGCCUGCCUUCCUUGCACAGGAGCUCUUGGUACACAGAUGACCCUGAGAUUUCCUACCGAACAUUUACACCAGCCAAUUUAACUGUACCUAAUGACUUGAGGCAUAAGCAUAGUGACAAACAGAGGAGUGCAGACAGUUUGGUAGAAGCGGUACUUAUAUCUGAAGGCCUAGGAAGGUAUGCAAAGGACCCUAACUUUGUUUCAGCUACAAAACACGAAAUUGCUGAUGCAUGUGAUAUGACUAUUGAUGAGAUGGAAAGUGCAGCAAGUAAUCUUCUCAAUGGAAAUAUUAGCAAUGGGACCAAUGGGGAUAUGUUUCCCAUUUUAAGCAGACAAGAUUAUGAACUUCAAGAUUUUGGUCCUGGCUACAGUGAUGAAGAACCAGAAACGGGACGAUAUGAAGAAGACUUAGCUGAUGAAAUGAUAUGCAUUACAAGCUUAUAGUAUUUAGCAAGGAAAAUGAUUCUAAUAACAGAAAAAGUGCCUCAUAGUUUAAAGAUGCUAGGCACUAGCUGGAGUGAAUAACCAAUCAAGUUUUGUACAAGUGAUGUCACACCUCAAGGAAGCCAUAACCAAUAAAUUUAUUAUCUCCAGGUUGCCGAAAUGUGAUCAGAGCUGCAGGACGUCGUCUCCUCCCACAGAAUCUUCAGUUCCUCUGUAGGAAUGAGGUUAUUUUGAACCCAAGCAGAUUGUGACAAUCAGGUUUUUUGAGGGCUAGAGUGGGAUUCUGAGGUGUAAUAUCUUGCCUGUCUUUCAACCUUGUGCUGCUGUCCUUCCUAGUAGAGCAGGGUUUUGUCAAUGAAAACGUCUGUGUAAGUCUGGCACAAAAUUGUGUGGGAAAUAGCAACAAGAGAUGAGUGAUGACAACCAACAAUGUCAUUACCUCAGUACUCAAUAGCAUAUCAGCUACCCAUUGCAUAUCCAUUCUAAAGUUGUUUUCAAAUUUGCCUCCUGAUUUCUUUUCUUAAUGCUCUUCUAAAAUACAGUUUGUCAUGCUCUACCUGUUAGAGAUCGAUGGAAAAAGAAGUUAUAUAAAGAGUAAUCUGUCAUAUGUAACACCAGUUUACAUAGGAAAAUAUCAUUCAGAUAGUCUGUUUUAUGACUAUCACGUUAAGGGCAAAAUAUACUGGAAUAAAUGCAUUCUUACUAAUGCACUUGCAACCAGGUUAUAGUAGAAUUAGAUAAGAUAGUUUGCUAAAAAUUAUAUAGUAGAAAUUAUUGUAAAUGAAUUGUAAUAUACAAUGAUUUGUAUUUGUAAAGAGAUGUUCUAUAUUUUGUAAUUAUUGUACCGUAAUUGAACUGCAGCAAUAUUUAUGGACCCUAAUUAUUGUAACUCUCCACAGAAUUCUAGAUAGAAGUAUUUUUACUUGGAAUAUAUAGAUCUAUAGCAUAAAUAUUUAAAUAGAGCCACCUCUCUCAGUGUAAAUCUCUUUUUGGGAUAAAGUGUCAAGUUUGAACUUGGCAACAGAAGAGAUUUUUUUUUUUUUUUUAAUUACCUAAUUGAGUCAAAUGAAUCUCUUUGCAUAAGGGAUGCACAGUUGACUAUUUACAAUCUUAUACUUGGAAAGGUAUAAUAUUUAUGUUAUUUUAACAUUUUGAUUGAAAACCAAGCUCUAAUUUUAUUUUUUUAUUAAUUCCAUGGUAAAAAUAAGCAUUAAAAUCCUAAAAAAAAUUGGCAAGUUCAUGCCAGGAUAUUACUGGUCAUGAGACAAUUCAUUUUGACAAAGUAUGUUAUCCAUAUACCCUACUUUGACAGAAAGCAUCUCGGGCAGAAAUUUAUUUCACAGGUAAAUGAAAAUGGUUUACUUCAGUAGUACUUACUCUGCUUGGAAAGAGAAGAAAUAUGAUAAAAUGAUUCUUCACAGAACCAAAAACCUUGAUAUAAGUAGUACACUAUUGCCUCUACCUUUCUGUUGUUCUGUGUGUCCUAUUUCAAAGAUUUAUUUUUAUGCAACCAAGAGAGGGCUUAGAUAUUGUUCACAAUGCAGUAAAACCCUGAAAUGACUUUGAGGCUGAAAUGUCCUUGGAGGAAAAUCAAAAAACACUGAAAGCUACUGUCUAUUUUGUUAGCACUGGAUAACAAAGACUUGUUCUAACAAGUUAUCUUAUCAGGUUUUACCUGUAGAUCAUAUGCUAGAUAGCAAUCCAGUUCACAUUUUUACAAAUGUGAUGUUUAAAACAUGUCAAUAAACAUUUUGUACAUAAUGACAGUUUCCUAUGAAUAGCUUACAGACUUCCUCUGAAAUCAUUCUUAUUUCAAAUGCCAGGAUAAGAACUUCAAGGUUUGUAAAUUAUUUCUUGACCUACAUCAUUUUGUAUUAAAACAAAUGCAAAAUGUUCUUCAAAAUAAAACUGUGUAAUAAUUUUAUUAUA